GGCGGCGCGCGCUCCUCGCGUCGCUCUGGGCUGGCGGCCGCGGCGCCGCGCGGGUGGGUGGGAUCGUGGCGGAGCUCCAGGCGUCCCGGAGGGACGAGAGCGCCAUGGCGGCUGCUGUGGCGGCGGCGCCCGCUGCCCGCGCCGCGGCGAGGUGAGAGGGUCGCCACUUCUCCACGACUGAGGAGGCCACAGCUGCCUGCCUGCCUUCCACGCGGGCCGCGGCUCCGGCAUGGCCGGGAUCAUUAAGAAGCAGAUCCUGAAACACCUGUCCCGGUUCACUAAGAAUCUUUCCCCGGACAAAAUCAACUUGAGCACUCUGAAAGGGGAGGGUCAACUGACCAACCUAGAGCUGGAUGAAGAGGUUCUACAGAAUGUGCUGGAGCUGCCCACCUGGUUAGCCAUCACUCGGGUCUACUGCAACAAGGCCUCCAUCCGGAUCCAGUGGACAAAGUUGAAGACACACCCAAUUUGCUUGUGUCUAGACAAGGUAGAAGUGGAGAUGAAGACCUGUGAGGAUCCUCGGCCCCCCAAUGGACAGUCUCCCAUUGCCCUGGCUUCAGGACAGAGUGAAUAUGGCUUUGCUGAAAAGGUGGUGGAGGGGAUGUUCAUCAUUGUCAAUUCCAUCACCAUCAAGAUUCAUUCCAAGGCCUUCCACGCUUCUUUUGAAUUGUGGCAGCUCCAGGGCUAUAGUGUCAACCCCAGCUGGCAGCAAAGUGACCUUCGCUUCACUCGCAUCACUGACCCCCACCGAGGAGAGGUUUUAACAUUUAAGGAAAUAACUUGGCAAACACUUCGAAUUGAGGCAGAUGCUACAGACAGUGGUGAUCAGGACCCAGUAACCACUCCAUUGAGGCUUAUUACCAACCAAGGCAGAAUCCAAAUAGCCCUCAAGAGAAGAACCAAAGAUUGCAAUGUGAUAGCUUCCAAACUGAUGUUCCUGUUGGAUGACCUACUCUGGGUGCUGACUGACUCACAGCUCAAAGCUAUGAUGAAGUAUGCAGAGUCGCUGAGUGAAGCCAUGGAGAAGUCAGCCCAGCAAAGAAAGAGCCUGGCCCCUGAACCUGUACAGAUCACUCCACCUGCUCCAAGUGCCCAGCAGUCCUGGGCCCAGGCAUUUGGGGGCAGCCAGGCCAACAGCAAUAGCAGCAGCAGCCGCCUCAGCCAGUACUUUGAGAAAUUUGAUGUGAAAGAGUCCUCCUACCAUCUGCUCAUCUCCCGCCUGGACCUGCACAUUUGUGAUGAUAGCCAGUCCCGAGAGCCAGAUGUCUCUGCGAACAGACUCACAGGCGGUGCCAUGCAGCUUACCUUCCGCAAGAUGGCAUUUGACUAUUACCCCUUCCACUGGGCAGGUGAUAGCUGCAAACACUGGGUACGGCACUGUGAGGCCAUGGAGACACGAGGACAGUGGGCCCAGAAGCUGGUGAUGGAAUUUCAGAGUAAAAUGGAGAAGUGGCAUGAGGAGAUGGGUCUGAAACCACCCUGGCACCUGGGGGUAGAUUCUCCCUUCCGGAGGAAAGCAGAUUCUUUCUCCAGUCCUCGAAAGAACUCUCUUGAGAGAAGCCCCUCUCAGAAUCGACAAACUGCCUUUUGGCCUCCAGCCUGGAAUCGCUUGCGCUCCAGCUGCAUGGUAGUACGGGUGGAUGACCUAGACAUCCACCAGGUUUCUACAGCUGGACAGCCAAGUAAGAAGCCAUCUACACUCCUUUCCUGCAGUCGGAAACUCCACAACCUACCCACUCAGGUCUCUGCCAUUCAUAUUGAGUUCACAGAGUAUUAUUUCCCAGAUAAUCAGGAGCUUCCAGUUCCUUGUCCCAAUCUCUAUAUUCAGUUAAAUGGUCUGACGUUCACUGUGGAUCCUGUCAGCUUGCUCUGGGGAAACCUCUUUUGCCUGGAUUUAUACCGCAGCUUAGAACAGUUCAAAGCUAUCUACAAGCUGGAAGAUUCAAGCCAGAAAGAUGAACACUUGGACAUCCGACUGGAUGCCUUCCAGUUGAAGGUGAGCUUCCCACUGGAAAAGAGAGAACAGGCAGAGUUGCAUCGUCCUCAGGCCCUUGUCUUCUCUGCAUCAGGCAUGAUUGCCACCAAUACACGUCAUGCCCCACAUUGUGGCUGUCCAGACCUCCAAAGUCUCUUCCGGGGUUUUGCUGCUGCUGAGUUCUUUCAUUCCAAUUAUGAUCACUUUCCUAAGGUUUCGGGUGGCUUUAGCCUUCUGCACAUGCUUUUUUUGCAUCAUGCCUUCCAGAUAGAUUCCCACCUGCUUCAGCCUAGCGCCCUUCCUCCCCAGAGGCCUAAGGCUUCACAGGAUCUCUGGUCUGUCCACUUCACCCAGAUCUCCUUUGACUUUGAGGGAACAGAGAACUAUAAAGGCCAUACCUUGAACUUUGUGGCCCCCUUUCCCUUGUCCAUUUGGGCCUGCCUACCCCUCCGCUGGCAGCAAGCCCAGGCACGCAAGCUCCUUUUGGCCUCAGAGGGGAGGCUGAAACCAUCAGCCAGCUUUGGCAGUCCUGUCCAAUCUGAGGCCCUUGCCCCUGACUCUAUGUCUCAUCAGAGGUCAAAGACUGAGCAUGAUUUGAAAAGUUUAUCAGGCCUUACGAAAGUCAUGGAAAUUCUGAGAGAAGAUAGUAGUGUUGUGGACAACAAAGGGGCCCUGCCAGAGCUAGAGGAUGCAGCGGAUGUUCACAUGCUUGUACACUCCCCAUCCCAUGUCCGCCUGAGGCUUGACCACUACCAGUACUUGGCUCUGCUUCGUCUGAAGGAGGUGGUGCAGGGGCUUCAGGACCAGCUGACUAAGGACACAGAGGCCAUGACUGGGUCUCCCCUGCAGAACCAGACAGCUUGCAUUGGAGUCCUCUUUCCAAGUGCUGAGGUGGCUCUGCUUAUGCAUCCUGCCCCUGGGGCUGUUGAUGCUGACUCUGCAGGUUCAGAUAGCACCAGCCUCAUAGGUUCAGAGCUGUCUCCUUCAGAGGAUCGGGAACUAAAGUCUGAUGUCUCCUCAGACCAGGGGCCAGCAAGCCCUGAGAAAGUUGUGGAGGAUAGUAGCAUUGAAAAUCUGGAUGAUUCCCAGGAGAGGCUGCAUAGCAAUGAAGAACUGCAUGACUCAGGUCCACUUGUCCAGCAGUUGGCAGGGAAGGACCAUGAGGCAGUUGAGUCCCUACAAGCCAAGAGACUGAGCAGAGCCCAAGCCUCCAGCUCACCAGCUAUGUUGAAGCCCCCAGCUGGCAGGGAUACUGCUGUGAAUGGACAAGGUGAGCUCAUCCCUUUGAAGAACAUUGAGGGAGAAUUGUCAAGUGCUAUUCACAUGACCAAGGAUGCCACCAAGGAGGCUCUACAUGCUACUAUGGACCUCACCAAAGAAGCUGUAUCUCUGACUAAGGAUGCCUUCAGUCUAGGCAAAGAUCGAAUGACCUCCACCAUGCACAAGAUGUUGUUCUUGCCCCCAGCCAAGGAGCCCCUGGUCAAGACAGAUGAGGGGGCGGCAGCCCCGGUGAGUGGAAGUGCUGCCCGACUCCGAAUUUUCUCCAUGAAGAGAACGGUAUCUCAACAGUCAUUUGAUGGUAUCUCAUUGGAUAACAGUGGCCCUGAAGACCGGAUUUCAGUGGACAGUGAUGGCAGUGACAGCUUUGUGAUGCUUUUGGAGUCUGAGCCUGGUGCAGAAUCUGUUCCAUCAGGAUCUCUUCCAAAUCUCUUGGAUGAGGCUGGUGGUGGUCAAGGGAGCCCUGUUAUGGAUAAUUAUGGUCAAGGGUCACCAGAGGCCAACAGUUCAGUUUCACCCAGUGGAGAAGACCUCAUCUUUCACCCGGUCUCAGUUCUGGUCCUGAAAGUGAAUGAGGUGUCUUUUGGGAUUGAGGUACGUGGUGAGGACCUGACUGUAGCCCUGCAAGCAGAGGAACUGGCCCUCCAGCAGCUGGGCACCGUGGGACUCUGGCAGUUCCUGCAUGGACAGUGUUCAGGUACAUCCUUUCCAGAAUCCUCAACUUUGAAGAGCGGCCACAACAGGCCAGCUGUGGGCCUCCGCUUUGAGGUGGGGCCUGGUGCAGCAGUGCGUUCCCCGCUGGCCACACAAAAUGGUUUCCUGCAUUUCUUGCUUCAUGGCUGUGACCUCGAGCUGCUCACAUCGGUGCUCAAUGGCCUGGGGCCCUUCUUGGAGGAUGAGGAGAUCCCAGUGGUAGUCCCCAUGCAGAUUGAGCUACUGAACUCCAGCAUCACCCUGAAGGAUGAUAUUCCCCCCAUCUAUCCAACAUCUCCAGGCCCUGUCCCCAUCACUCUGGCCAUGGAGCAUGUUGUGCUGAAGCGGAGUGAUGAUGGCGUGUUCCACAUAGGCGCUGCUGCUCAGGACAGACCAUCACCUGAAGUACCUAAAAGUGAGAAGAGGCCACCCCCCAAAGAACAGAUGUUUCUUGUGCCCACAGGAGAGGUUUUUGGACAGCAGGUGAAAGAACUUUCUACCCUACAAAAAGAACUUAUAGAAACUAAACAAGCAUUGGCCAAUGCCAACCAGGAUAAAGAAAAGCUUCUUCAUGAAAUUAGGAAAUAUAACCCCCUCUUUGAGCUCUGACAGCAGUGGCUCAGCCUGUGCCAAGGAGAGAUCACCAGCAAUAGCACCACCUAUGACAGAAGGCACCCUCCAGUGUUGGCUAAGUCUGCUAUGGAUGCCAGAGGGACUGGGAGUGCUGAGUUCACUUAUGUGGGUGUGCUUUCUACCAGCUGUUCUAACUUGGAUGGAGGACAGGGCAAAGCAUGACUACAUCCUAGGAAAUUGAGGCUGGCUUUUUGUCUGGUUCAAUCAUCAUGUCUUGCCUAUAUAAAGCCUUUUGGCCCUCUGCAUACUAGGUGGAAUCUUCUUGACAUUGUAGGGCCAUUUUAGCUUAUAGUUUCAUGGCAGGGACAUUUGCUUCCUUCAUAGCCUGUGUGAACAAGUAAAAGUACCCACCUCUUCAGUCACCCAAAGAUCCACCAAAGAUUCCAUGUCCCAGAGCUUCCCGUAGCAGACCUGAAAAGUCCCUGAUCUGAGCUUUGGCCAUGGUAGUGGAGUGGAACAGGAAAUGACCCUGGUCAGGAGGGCAGGAGAGGCACAGGAAUAAGGGAGACCUGGACUGUGCCUUUUUCAGAAAGGGAACCAAGCUCAUAGAAUCCUGGCUGAUACUAUAAUCAGAUUUUUCAGAGUUAAGCUUCCUUUCUGUUAUACUUUCAUCAUUGUAUGCUGUGGGAGGAAGUAAACAAUAAUAGUGACUCAGCCAUAUCAUCUUUACCCUCUAUAACACAAAUUAUUUGAAAUUAAGAGAAAAUUGCUCAUUCUGAGUGAGGUUGAGAGUAUGAUGUGGUAGAGAUCAGGAGGGGAGCUUGCUUCUGAGCCUAGCCAUUCUGCCACAAGUGUACCUGAGAGGUUAUUUCUUCCUCUCCAUGGGGUCCCUGGCACAUCUGCUUUCCCAGCCCUAACUUUCUACCAGUGCUCUCCUCAGCACUUGGUAUGGUUUGGGAGCCGAAAAUAUUUUAAACUUUAACAUCUCAACCUGUUGCCUCUCACUCCCCUCUAUCACUGUGUCUUUUUAAAAUCAUGUACCUUUAAGACUUAAGUAAAAAAUCCAAACCCUUCAACCCAGCUAGGUUUUGCCCCAUGCCCUAUAAAAGUGAUUUUUCCCUUUUUUCCUAUCUAAUUCUUCUCCAAAACUGUACCUGCCCUGUGAUUAACUUUAAGCUGUGCUGAUUGGACAGAAGUUCAUUAGCUAACUCACCUUUACAUGGUAAGACGGGAAAAUAAUUAUUUAGUGAAGUCACUGAAGUCUUGAUUAUAUGUGACCUAUUGAAGGGAAGUUAAAAAGUUUUCUUUUAUGGGAAAUCAUGCUUGACUUGCGAACUCUAGUGUGUGUGUGUUUGUUUUUUUAAGAGAUGGGAUCUCGCUCUGUCACCCAGGCUGGAGUGCAGUGGCACGAUCAUAGCUCACUGCAGCCUCGGAUUCCUGGGCUCAAGUAAUUCUCCUCAGCCUCUCAAGACCUACUCCAGUUUUAUGAUGAUGAAAAGAAACAUGCAUUCAUGAAGGAACAAGAUCUAAUUUUUUUCAGACUUUUAAAGGACUUUUGUCAAGUUUUCUUCACUAAGGCAAUUUUUAAAACACCAGUUGGGAGAGAUUGUGGGAAUUUGUCAUGCUUAGGAAACAGUGACUUAGGAAUAAAGAAACAUCUUUUUGGAGAGAAUCUUAACAGGGGAGGUUACCAAAGGGUUGUUGCUUGGUUCAACCUUAAAGAUUUUUUUAUAAAUGACCUCAAAGUAGGAUUUUACAAUGAAAUAAAAUUGUCACUAUUUGCAGGCAGUGAGGGGUCGAUCAGAAGACAUUAA